AUGGAACAUGUCACUGCUACACAUCCUUUGUCACAUCUCUACGACAAAUCACUGCUGCUCAUUUAUGCUCUUAUACCUACGGAUACAGAACAUGUCACUGCUGUACAUCCUCUGUCACUUCCCUAUGCCACACCACUGUUGUUCACCCAUGCUCAUAUCCCUAUGGAGCAUGUCACUGCUGUACAUCAUUUCUCACAUACCUACAACACAUCACUGUUGUUCAUCCAUGCUCUUAUCCCUACGGAGCAUGUCACUGCUGUUCAUCCUUUGUCACAUCCCUAUGACACAUCACUGUAUUUCAUCCAUGCUCUUAUCCCCUUGGAGCAUGUCACUGCUGUACAUCCUUUCUCACAUACCUACGACACAUCAGUGUUGUUCAUCCAUGCUCAUAUCCCUAUGGAGCUUGUCACUGCUGUACAUCCUUUGUCACAUCCAUACGACAUAUCACUGCUGUUCAUCCAUGCUCUUAUCCCAAAGGAAAAUGACACUGCAGUACAUCCUCUGUUCUAUCCCAAUGACACAUCACUGCUGUUCAUCCAUGCUCAUAUCCCUACAGAGCAUGUCACUGCUGUACAUCCUUUGUCAUAUCCCUAUGACACCUCACUGCUGUUCAUCGAUGCUCUUAUCCCUAUGGAUCAUGUCAUUGCUGUACAUCUUUUCUUACAUCCCUAUGACACAUCACUGUUAUUCAUCCAUGCUCUUAUCCCUAUGGAGCAUGUCACUGCUGUACAUCCUUUGUCGCAUCCCUAUGACACAUCACUGUUGUUCACCCAUGCUCUUAUCCCUAUGGAGCAUGUCACUGCAGUUCAUCCUUUUUUACAUCCCUAUGACACAUCAUUUUUAUUCAUCCAUGCUUUUACCCUAUGA